AUAAUCGUACCUCAAUCAAAACUCUUACUACUUCAUUAUGUAGAGCAAAGGAAAUCUUUCUUCCUUUUCUCAGGUAGCUCUACUGCAGAAGUAACAAUGGCGGAUCAAAACCUAGCUUCACUCUCUCUCCUAAUUCUCCUGCCACUCUCUCUCCUCCUCAUCCUCCUCUACUUCAUUGUUCGCCCUCGCUCAGUCACCAUCCCAAUCAAAAACCGUCACAUCUUUAUCACCGGCGGAUCAAGCGGCAUCGGCUUAGCCCUAGCGCACCGCUUCGCCUCUGAAGGCGCGCGUGUCUCCAUCUUAGCACGUGACCUCCGCAAGCUCCAAGACGCAAAGGACGCGAUUCAGCGCAACACUGGAAUCGAAGUCAGCAUCUUCAGCGCAGACGUAAGAGAUUUCGACGCUGUAAAAAAGGCGGUUGAAGAUGCGGGGCCCAUUGAUGUUCUGGUGUGUAAUCAAGGAGUUUUUGUUCCUCAGGAGAUUGAAUCUCAGUCGUUAGAUGAAAUUAAGUUCAUGAUUGAUGUUAAUGUGAUUGGAACUUUUCAUCUGAUUAAAGCGGCUUUGCCAUUAAUGAAGAAAGAUCGUAAAUCUCGUGGUCCUGCUUCUAUUGCUAUCAUGUCUUCUCAAGCUGGUCAGGUGGGUAUAUAUGGCUACACAGCUUACUCUGCUAGUAAAUUUGCACUUCGGGGCCUGGCAGAGGCUUUGCAGCAUGAAGUGAUUGGAGAUAAUAUCCAUGUGUCGCUGAUAUUCCCUCCAGACACUGACACUCCUGGUUUAGAAGAAGAAAACAAGAGGCGGCCUGAGCUGACAAAUAUAAUAGCAGGUUCUUCGGGAAUGAUGAAACCUGAUGAAGUUGCUAAGAAAAGUAUUGAUGGCAUAAAAAAGGGGACUUUUAUUGUCCCUUGCAACUUUGAGGGUUUUUUAUUAUCUAUAGCUACAGCUGGUUUGUCCCCACAGAGAUCAUAUCUGAUGGCAUAUGUAGAAGUGGUUGCUGCUGGUGUUGUACGCCUUAUUGGACUAAUUUUCCAGUGGAAUUGGUAUGGAUGUAUAGAAAAGUGGCACUCCAAAAAGAAAUAGAACAUGAAGCUGUUAGGAGCGUUGAUAGUCAUUCUUCUAGAGCCUAUAGGAGCUGACUGCAGUGAGUUCCAACAUGAUAGUUUGAAGCUGAUGCAGAGUUCGCGUUUUCGUAGUUUAUCACAUACUGGUCAGUGUAUCAGAGUAUGGCUCGUGUUUCGCCAUACCCAGAUAGCUUCACAUUUUCUGGUUUUAUGAACAGCUGCUGCUUUUCUGAUCUUUUGAUUAUUCUCGAGAAAUAGAUCUAGUAACCAAUCAAGAACUCAUAUAGUUGAAAGAUGUAAUGUAUGUGAGUUCUCUGUUGAGAGAUUCAGAAUCUGAUGCUAAAGUUUAAGUUGUUUAUAGUCUUGUUUCACGAGUUUGUUUGUAGUUAGCUUUUUUGCAAGGAUCUAAUUAGGAGAGUUUUUGAUAGUUUGGGUGGAUUUUAAUUUUUUUCCAGAUUAAUAAUAAGGAAAAAUUCAGCAUGCCAUGUUUUUGGCUUCUCA